AUGACCAACAACAUUGUUGUGCUCGGCGCUGGUGUCUCAGGCCUGACCGCCGCCCUGCUGUUAUCGAAGAGCAAAGGCAACUCCAUAACCGUAAUCUCCAAGCACAUGCCAGGCGACUAUGAUAUCGAGUACACCUCGCCGUGGGCUGGCGCCAACAUGCUGCCCAUGGCCCUAGAGCUUGACAGCAGAUGGGAACGCAGGACGUGGCCUGAGCUGAACCGUUUGGCCGCCGAGGUCCCCGAGGCCGGCAUUCACUUUCAAAAGAGCCGCGUCUUCAGACGCAAGAAGGACAUGGAGGCCGGCGGCAACCCCUACGACGCGCUCUACGCCGUCGACCCGUGGUACCGCAACGUCCUCCCGGACUACCGAGAGCUCCCAAAGGACGAGCUGCCGCCCAACGCCUACUCCGGCUCCGAGUUCACCUCGGUCUGCAUCAACACGGCGCUCUACCUGCCGUACCUUGUAGGCCAGUGCUGCAAGAACGGCGUCGUUUUCAAGCGCGGCGACGUAGCCCACGUCAACGAGCUGACGGCGCUGCACCACUCGGGCAAACCCGCCGACAUCAUCGUCAACAGCGCCGGGCUUCUGGCGUGCAAGCUGGGCGGCGUGGAGGACAAAAAGGUCAUCCCCGCGCGCGGGCAGGUUGUCGUCGUGCGCAACGAGGUCGAGCCGAUGGCCACCAUCUCCGGCACGGACGACGGGCCGACAGAGGUGUGUUACAUGAUGACGCGAGCGGCGGGCGGCGGAACGAUCCUGGGCGGGACGUACGACAAGGGCAACUGGGACGCCAACCCGGACCCCAACAUUGCGAUCCGCAUCAUGAAGCGGUGCGUCGAGCUGUGUCCCAGCUUGACGGGCGGCAAGGGUAUCGAGGCGCUGAGCAUCAUCCGCCACGGCGUCGGUCUGCGGCCGUACCGCGAGGGCGGGCUCAGGCUCGAGAUUGACAAGACGACGUUGGCGGAUGGCACGCCGAUUGUGCAUCAUUAUGGCCAUGCUGGAUGGGGAUACCAGGGGUCCUAUGGCACGGCUGAGGGUGUUGUUGAGUUGGUGAACAAGAUCCGGGCGGAGAAGGGGGAGAAUCUGGCUACUGAGCCCAAGCUCUUUUCCUGGGACCGACCGAGCAAAUUGUAG